AUGUUUAUCGUGUUCUCAACGCCUACCUACUACAAGGUUAAUGGUGACGGCCUCAAUCAGACGUUUAAGUCUGUUUUGCCUUCCGGAAAAGACGGCUUGGAGUCAGGCCUCCUCAUCAUGACGCAUGACAGUCAGAUCGUGCAACCUAUUCUGAAGCCCGACCACGUGACGCUCAUGAUGGGCUCAAACUUCAACAAGUGGAUGUACUCGUCAAUGCAUAUGCCGGCUGUAAAGCACGUCUUGCGUUUACCUGUGAUUGACAUGAUGCCGACACAGCGGUUGUUGCGCACAUGGUUCGGUAAGACGACGUUGUUGCCGUCAUACCAGCGCUUGCUGGGGCAGAUGGACAUCGAAACGCACGCGAGUGCCUCGGCGAAUUAUUUGCGCAAAUUGCAUGAAUCAAAUGGUCAAUUGCUGGGAUCAUCUUCUCGUCAAUUACAGAUGAAUAGCGACUGCCAGUAUUCGCAAUGUUCAGGUCCACUUUCUUGUCAAAUUUCCUGCAAUAGUUUUGAUUAUUUGGUGCGAAAGACGAAUUGCGAUGAUAGUUGUCAUUGUUCAACACAAUUCUAUCCCGGUUUUUCAUGCAAUCCAGGAUCGUUUUCUUCAGGGUACUGUGCGCCGCAAUGCUAG